GAAAAUUUAGUAGGCAAUUUAGUAGGCAAAGUAGAAUACAGAAUGAAGAUGAAGUUCAUUAAAACAAUACAAGAGUAUCAAUCAAAACUUUUUGAUUACUUUUUAAACAAUUUAUCCGGAUUUUUUGGUACAUUUUUAACCAGUAUCAUCAUCUUCUUAGCUGGCUUAAGCAUGAAAGGAGAAUGGUUGAUGAUUUUAGUACAUUUUAUGAAACAAUUUGGUUUAGAUCGUACACCCAAUUUUACUUCCGAAAAGUUUCACGACAUUCAUAUUUAUUUUAUACAAUCUUACUUAACUUCUUAUAUUAUUUAUUUUGGUAUGUGUGGCUUCUUGCAAUGGUAUUUUUAUAUACGUCAAAAGAAUACGCCAGAAAAUUGGAAGUGUCAACCUAAUAAAUUCUUAAGUUGGAAGGAUGAAAAGUUUGAAAUUAUUCUUGGAACCAUAAACUUAACCAUAGGUGCCACAAUUUCUGGAUUACUCGCAUGUUAUACAAUGAAUGGUGGAUACACAACAAUUUACUAUAAAAUAUCAGAUUAUGGAAUUUUUUAUUUCCUCAUAUCCAUUGUUUUAUAUUACAUUUGGGUUGAUCUUACGACAUAUUGCGUGCAUAGAAUGCUUCACUUACCAUUUUUCUAUAAAAAUUUUCAUAAGAUUCAUCACAGAUUUAAACAACCGACUGCAUUUUCUUCGACUGCUAUGCAUCCUGCAGAAUUUUUACUGAUGCAAACUGUCAUGAUGAGUCCUAUACUGUUUUUACCAAUGCAUUGGGUUACAUAUAUAGGAGUGAUAGGAUAUGUAUUUUACUAUGGCAUAAUAGAUCAUUCUGGCAUCAAGAUGGAAGCCAUAUGGCCAUGGCAGCCAAAUUCUUUCUUUCAUGAUGAUCAUCAUAAAUACUUCCAUGUAAAUUUUGGAUUCAAUUUGACUAUAUGGGAUAAAUUGCAAGGAACUUACAGAGUAAAAGACAGAGUCUAUAACGAAAAUAUAUUUUAUGGAAAGGGUAAAAGUUUAAAUGAAGCUACACCAGAAGAAUUAGAUCUACACUUUAAGAACGAUUAAAAUGUAAAACAUAUGUAUUUUUUGUAUAAAACAUUGAAGUUAUAUCACCAGUUAAAUAGUGGCUUAUAUAUUUAACCAGGCAAAUGGCGGCUUCCUUUGUCAAACUAACCUGGCAAGUGUGACUUAUACAUGUCAAUUUAAGUAAGAAAAUGGCGUUUUUUUGCAAUUAAUAUGUUUUAGUUUAUUAAAAAUAUAAACGAAAUAUAAAAAAAAUCAACAUUUUAAAUCUUAUAGCUACUGAUUUGCAUAAAUAAAAUAUUUAUAAGAGAGAAACCAAAGAAAAAUAUAUGUCGCUAAUGGCAUAUUAUCAGUAUUUAAGAAUAUUUUAUUUAUUUAUCAGCAAUG